AUGGCUGAACAAAGUUCUACAGCGGCCGGCCUCUCCAGCCCGGCGGCCGAUUCCGCAAUUCUUACGGAGACUCUGACGACAUCAGACGAUAAACAUCCUCCUCACGAUGACGAAGGAAUGAGUGACAGUCUCCGGGCGAUCGCUUCAACUUCACAAGAGCCGCAAAGUUCUGCGAGGAACAUGUCCUUAUCUACAAAAAUCAAAUACCCAGCCGCUGGAGUUUCCUCCGACCCGAACCAAGGCCUUGUUCCCAACCCGCCUGAAGAGACAGCAAGCCAAAUUACAUCAAGAUCGGCUUCAAUUGCGUCUUUAGGCAACAGCUUGAUCGCCGCGAUUCUGUCAGAAGAUGAAGAAAAUGUAAAAGGAUGUCUCCAUAAGGGUGCCAACGUCAAUAUGGACGUUGGCUUUGGAUUCGGGACGACACUCCAUCUAGCCUGCCGCUUUGCAACCUAUGAAGUCGUCAAAAUCCUUCUAGAUGCAAAAGCCAGCAUAAAAUCACGCGAUGCAAGGGAAAAUACGGCGCUGAUGCUAGCAUGCAGAAGCAAAGAGACAGGCACUGAGGGCCUCGUUCAGCGCUUCCUUGAUCACGACAAGCAUUCAUUUGAUCGCGAAAAGGACUCAACUGAUCACCACAAGGAUCCAGCUGAUCACGACGGGGACUUAGCUGUAAACUUUGCCAACAAUCACAAGUCAACGGCCCUCACUAUUGCAUGUCAAUGGUCCUCUUCCGUCGUUGUUGAGAAGCUUCUGGCAGGCGGUGCAGACAUCGAUGUUGCAGACAGUGAUGGAGACACACCGCUUAUUUUGGCGGCAAGAUAUGGUGACAAGGAAAUGAUGAGCCACAUCAUCUCUUAUCACUAUAAGAAACACCCAAAGGACCCGUCCAGGUUUUAUGAGGCAAAUGGUUCUGGCGAGAAUGCAUUUUACAGUGCGAUGUUGAACAAAGAUGCUAAGAGAAGAGCUAGCAUCUUGAGGCUAUUAUCCGACAAGAUACCAUCAAAUUCCGAUGAACUUGGAGAUGACUGGAAGCAGACGCUUCUGUACGCCGCCAGCGAAAUGGGAGAUGAAUAUGCAGUACACCUUCUUGUGGACAAAGAACAUGCGAGCAUCGUUGCUCAGGACUAUAGAGGUUACACGGCACUACAUCUCGCCUGCCUGAAUGGCCAUGCAGGAAUUGCGAAGAAAUUCUUGAAACUACGAAAGGGGAUGGAAGUUGCGCAGGAUCCACUGGACAGGAGUCCUUGGUAUAUGUUUGUGCAGUUCUACAUUCGGUCCUGGGACCCAUCUCAAGCGUCAAAUUCAGACGAGAUCAAAAAGUUCGCAUCCAUAAUCUCGGACUAUGUACGCCUCGAGGAAAUGAUAUAUGCCAUGGUGCUGGUAAGCAGACUUGAGAUGCUACAUCAACUUGUGGAAUUGAUGAGUCCUGAUGCACUUGAUCACAAACUAUAUGAGCUGAUGUGGAGCCAACAAGGCCGGUCCGAACAUCAGUCACGGAUAAACCAAGAGCUCAAAGAUCAAUAUCUCAAAGAUCAAUAUCUCAAAGAUCAAUAUCUCAAAGACAAUCUAUAUUGGCUAAAGCCUGAGACACCAUUGCAGUGGUGCACAUACUUUGGAAAAACAAGUCUGGUCUGGUCGCUCCUGAGAAACCCGAUAUCGAGCAACCCGUUGGAUGAUAUGGAAAAGGCAAGGCGAAUAUACGAUUAUAUCUCGGUCCCAGAACAAACACGCCCAGACUGGCUAGAUGAGAUCUGGUGGAAUCGAAUGCAUAAUGAUGGCUCAGUGAUGUUGUAUCCACCAGAGUCGUAUCCACGACGACCUAAAAUAUUACAACAAACGACUUCCGGCCGCGACGAACGUUCCCUAGAACUUGAAAAGAUUCUUGAAUACGAGCAAAUAAGAGAAAUGCUGUAUGACCCUCCCAGUGUGGCGAACAUUCCAGACACUACAUAUCGAAUACCGUCGUUGGAGAAAGCCCAUGACGAGCAGGAGGCAAGGGAAUCGACAGCGAUCAUUUUGGAUUUCUACGAGUAUGACAAGGGGAUGGAGCUGCUUAGGCGCUCCCGUGCUGUUCACGACGUCAUCUACGCAAGUGCCAACGAGGCGGCAGGUGGACCAGAGAAGAUCAUGAAUAGAGCCAGAAAGGCAGCAAGUGAGAUGGAAUAUAGGCUAGAUAAACUUUUGAUGAGAUGGAUCCAUCUUCCCGCGAACAAGAUGAUGUGGAUGGAGGACCUCGCAAUGAGAGUUUACAAGGACAAGAGCAGAUCUCAGCAAGAUUGGUUUUCACUAAAGAACUUCCUCUGGAGCAGCUGGCACCAACCGAUGAUGGGCACUUCAGGGACAACACGCGUGAACGCUAUGUGCCUGAAAGCAGGUGUACCAGGACGUCUUCGAGCAUCAACUGCAACCAAAACCGCAGUAGACUCCAAGGGGACAUCAAAGAACAAGUCUGCAAACACCACCCUGAAUACUGACAGCGGUAAGUUGCCUUACGUCACACUCGCCUACUGCGAGAGAAAGAGCUUUGGUGAGACUACAGAGCACGAGACGCCAAGUCGCGAUAACAAUGCACGCGAGACGGGCGGCACAAAUGCAGCCACGCGACACAGCAAUGACAUUGAGCCAAGAUCCGAGGUCAACGACGAGGAAAGGAGAAACCGAAAGUCAUCCAACCGCGUCAACCCGCCUGAGCCCAGUAUGAGCCAGGCAGCGAUGUCUCUAGAUGAGUUCUACUACAAUUUUGGAGAUAUAGACAGACGGAACGAGAAUCAGGUCAUCACCCGAUGUUUUCUACACGACAAGCAACAGGAAGGCAAAACGCCUAGGAAUAGGCAGAUUAGGAAUGGCGACGGGGUUCCUGAUAACUAUAAAAAGUGGCCAUACCUUGUUGUUGGCCAGUUAUGGCUUUGCAUCAUCGACGAAGAUACCGUUGUGACCUCUACACAUAGUGGAGACGGAGUUCGUGAUUAUAUCCUGGAGACUAUGUUUCAACAGAUGCGGGAGGCAAAGCUGAACAAUCCAGCACCUGCGCAGCCUCUUUCCGUCAAAAAUAUGAGUCAAUUACUCAUCGAGUUCUGCGUCGAUUUCAUUGAAGACUUGACCUGGAACCGUUUAUUCAGAGAAAACAACGAUUGGCAGGAUACGAGUGCAGCAUCCAAGUCUGUACUAAUGCUAUUUGGCGAGAGGCUGAAUCAAGUUGCUGCGAGCCGAAAGAGUCUUUUUGACGACUUCAAGCAGAGAAUGGCGGAUGAGCAAAAGAUCAAUGAUAGCAAGGUCGGGAGUCUAUUGCCUCAAGCUAUUGACAGACUCCGAGGAAUCGAUAAACGAACGCAGCCGACGAAGCACGAGACCCAUGAGAGUGCCCUUCAAAACGACGCCGCGCAUUCCAGAGCAAUACAAACGACUGCAGAACUACUAGACGAGGUGAAGGACAUCCUAGAAGAACUCACAAUUCUCAAAGGGCUCGUCAAGCAACAGCAGAAUGUCUGGGAACGCUUCGUUGAUAAGGACUUGAGAAGCAGCAACUCCCGUGGACCUGGCGCGGUAUAUGAAAAGGUCACUGAGAUGAUUGAUACAUCCCAUUCCAUCCAUCAAGCUGUUAACGAUCUAAUGAAUCUUGAGCUCGCCGAGGAGUCUAGAAAGCAGACUAGGGAAGCUGCCAGCCAGGGAAAGACUCUUAUGGCAUUCACAAUUGUCACAGUCAUUUUCACACCUUUGUCUUUUCUCACAUCACUUUUUGCCCUGAAUAUAGUGGACUUCCAGCACAGCGCCGAUGGGCAGCUAGAGUACGAGCCGGGAUGGAUUUACCCGAUCUUAUUUUGUGUUGCAGCUGGCGUCAUAGGGCCACUGAUGCUCUACGCUGCUCAUGAUGGACUAAGGAGGGUCAUUCUCCAAGUUGCGCAAAAGAUCGGUACAUCAUACGAGAACUUGAUGUUGAAAAUUGCUUUUGCAAGGAAGUCAAAGUCCGAUCUCGAAAAGGGACUAUGA